CCGAGCUUCUGGAUCAUUGUCGCUGUGCUCCCGUGGUGUCAUUGCAGCAGAGCUUCGUCUGGGCUUCGACGGGAUCUCUCACCACGACUGGCAGCGAUGACGCCACUGAUAUCCUUAUCUUAUCGCUCUGACCAUGUCAAGCGCUGCCUUAACACCCUCGGCGACGUUCGGAAACGCCGGACGAACAACCUGCCGACGCGCUUCAGUGAUGGGGUUGGGUCUCUCCCGACAUCUAAUGCUUUCGACGAAGCAGGGGGUCGGCCUCCCACCGCUGACACAAGCACGAUACAAUAUGUCCUCGCAGCCUGUGCGACAUAUCUGCCCCGUUGCCUCUGACAGCGAGCUGAUUCCUGCUGACGUUGCUGGAUCAACAUAGCUGGUGAUGAAUCCAAAAACCUCCACGAUACAUCUGAUCUGUCCUCACGGUCAUUGAGCUCUGAAUCGCACUUCACACAAGGCCACCCUUGGGAUGAUCACUCGUCGAAUUUUGAGGCGCUCUGCAGUCAUUUUUCAGGGUCUCAGCGAGGCCGAAGAGGGCAGCGACUUGGUAGAGGUUGCCCGUUUGGACGCAUUUAUCAGGGCAAAUGUGCUCCGUUUCUGGACCCCGAUGAAUUGUUUCGCGCAGAAGACGACUUUCCCGGGCAAUGAGACACUCUCAUGUCUUGGCUGCUUCGCAAGAACCACGCUGAAUAUGAAGUCCGCAAGCGACGAGUGAAUGUACGUCUCUACUCGCGCUCGCAACACUUUGUGUCCUCUCGGUGUCGAAACUCCGUAAUGUUGGCAAGGAUAAUCCUGACAAGCUCUCAGAGGGAGCCAUCACCUCCUA